UUAUUGUCUAGCAAAAAAGUAGAUAACGAGUAAGAGGAGAGAUUUGGAAGGGAACUCUUGUUUCACCCGAAAAAGGACCCCUCUUUGGCUUCCCCUUAAUAGUGAAAGACUUUUUUCACAUAUUAAAUCCCAACACACACAGACACACACACACAAACUCUCUCUCUCUCCUUCAGUUGUCACUCAACCAAAUAUCAGCAGUACAGUUUACAGUACCACUCUUUGAUUUUCCAUUUCCACCCCCAAAUUAUAAAUGACACAUCACACAGUACAGAUUCACACGCUGAAACACACGCACAAACACAGGUCCUCUCACAAUUCGUACACCCACCUAAUGAAACUGGUACCCCCACCAAUAAAUCCUCUAGCUAUUUCACUGUCAAUUCAAUUUCAGCCUUUCAAUUAGGGUUCUCCUCGCCGAGUAAUAAAUUCCCUCCGGCGGAUAUUUUGUUCCCCAGGCUGUUCGAUUUGGCCGGCGAAUAUAUAGUUUCGGUUGUUUAUUAUUUCUAAUUGUUAAACCAAAUACUUGAAGAAUUAUGGUGAGAGAGAAAAUCCAGAUAAAGAAGAUCGAUAACGCGAGCGCGAGGCAGGUGACGUUCUCGAAGAGAAGGAGAGGACUCUUCAAGAAAGCCGAUGAGCUCUCGGUCCUCUGCGAUGCUGACGUGGCUCUGAUAAUCUUCUCCUCCAAUGGAAAGCUCUUUGAAUAUGCUAGCUCCAGUGUGAAGGAAAUACUGGAAAGGUACCAUUUGCACUCGAGUAACCUUGACAAGUUCGAGCAACCAUCACUUGAGCUGCAGCUAGUUGAGGACUGCAACAGCGCCAGAUUAAGCAAAGAAGUUGUAGAAAAAUGCCAUCAGCUUAGGUGCAUGAGAGGCGAGGAGCUUCAAGGAUUAACUAUAGAAGAGCUUGAGAAUCUGGAGACAGCACUCGAAGCUGGAUUAAGCCGUGUGAUUGAGAAAAAAGGCGAGAAAAUCAUGAAAGAGAUCAAUCGACUCCAAGAAAAGGGAAAGCAACUCAUGAUAGAGAAUGCACGACUCAAACAACAGGUGGCGGAUGAGUCGAACGACUUCGAAUAUAAUGUGAUGACAGAUGACUCGGAGGAUGUAGUCUACGAGGAAGGGCAGUCAUCGGGAUCUGUCAACGCCUGUGAGUUUAGCGACCCUCCACACGAUUACGAUAGCUUCGAAAUGUCUCCUGAAAUGUAGCCUCCAAUAGGGUGAGCUUCAUUUGUAGCCCUUGUGUUUCAACUCUGAAUGGUAAUACUAAGAGAUUUUUGUGAUCAAUAAUUAUCAUCACAAAGGUGCUUUGUGUUUAUUUAUUCUCUUCUGUGGAAACCACCAUUAGUUUCUUGGAUUACCAUAUAUAUUUGUCUUAAUUCAUAAAAUUGUAUUCUGAAUCCACGCUGAAUUGGACAAAGGAAGUAUUUCCUUAAAAUUGCAAUUCUGAGGCCAGUCAUUUUUAAUUACUUUUUAAAGGGGGCAUUUGCAAUUACGAAGGGUAGAUUGAGUUUCUGGGUUAGGGUGAAAUUGUUCGGAAAUUUUCGUGUUUAUGAUAGUUUUAUUUUAUCAUAAUGAUGGAGAAAAAAUAUCGCUUAUUGCCGUUG